UGCUGCCGGCCUGAGUGAGCGGAGAGGAGCGGGACACUUGCUGUGGAGGACGGACGGACUGACUGAGACACGCAGAGACACUCCGGAGACAAAACAAAACACAGACAGCUUCACUUCCACUCGAACCACGACGUCUCAACAUGGCUUCAAAGUGUCCCAAGUGUGACAAGACGGUGUAUUUCGCUGAAAAGGUGUCAUCGCUGGGGAAGGACUGGCACAAGUUGUGUCUCAAGUGCGACCGCUGCAACAAGCUCCUGAACGCCGGAGGCCACGCUGAGCACGACGGGCGGCCUUACUGCCACAAACCAUGCUACGCCGCCCUCUUUGGGCCAAAAGGUGUGAACAUCGGUGGAGCUGGCUCUUACGUGUACGACACUCCAGCCAACAACAACCCGUCUCCCACCAGCGUGGAUUCAGCCCCCAAAGCUGAGGAGAAGCGAGUGUUUGCGCCGAAGGCAGCGUCAAAAGCUGGCGGCAUCACCACUUUUUCCGGAGAGGCCAACCUGUGUCCCCGCUGCAACAAGAAGGUGUAUUUUGCUGAGAAGGUGACAUCACUGGGAAAGGACUGGCAUCGACCAUGCCUGCGCUGCGAGCGGUGCAGCAAGACUCUGGCUCCAGGCAGCCACGCAGAGCAUGACGGUCAGCCUUACUGCCACAAACCAUGCUAUGCUGUUCUCUUCGGGCCCAAAGGCGUGAACACUGGUGGUGUGGGCAGCUACAUCUAUGAGAAGGAGCCCAGUGCAGUGACCCAGCCUUGAACCUUUUUUGUCCCCUCAGCCCUCGUCCCUCUUCUCUACACAAACACUGACCAUCAAACCACAGUAUUAUUAUUAUUAUUGUUGUUAUUAUUUGUAGCCUUUUCUCCUGCUCCCUUCCUUUUAUUCUGACCCCGGAUCACAUUUAGCAUGGACGCGUGUUAUUAUGUAUCUGCUCCAGGAGAGCCCUCCUCAGCACAACCACACACACACACACACACACAAUUUAAACCAUGUUUACAUGUACAUUCAUGCAUUAAAUGUCACCAUAGAACAAAAAAAGAAUCUGAAAUUUGAAUUUUCUACCCUGGAAACGGCACGAUUGUCCGUUUUUCUCUUUUAUUUUGGACGUGAUGUCAAUGGAAAAGUGAUUCUCAGGUGCGGAAAGGUUCACUGUGGGUCGAGGUGGUGCACGGGUGGUGCUCGGGAGCACGUUGCCAAUAAAUCUGUAUUUUUACAAAUGCCAUAUUUGUAGUUUGGCCGCCUGACGAUAUUCCUUAUAUGGGGGGAAAAAAGUGAUAUUUGUCCUGACAUGUUGUAAAGGUGGGAAAGUGGGCGACUGUUACACGAACACAUCCAUCAGGCUGGAUUUAUUUUACAUCCGUUAGAGAUCUGAAUAUUAACAUGCUAAUGAAUAACACUAUUCUUAAAGUGAGGCAGAAUACGGGUGGAGUUUUGGGACGUGUAUUUAUUUACUUUAAAUCAAGGCCUUUAAACUGAUCUUGGAGGUUAAAACACAAGGCGAUGUAAGCUGUAUAAAUCUCUACGAUCAAGGUUUUUAUUGUUCUUUUCAAAAGAAAUAACCCUGCUGUUGUUAUUUUUUCCCCGAGAGAUGACGAGCUAUUUGAAGUAUUAUAUUUAGCAGAAACAGUAGCUGUAGCUUGAAGACACUGCGGACAAGUCAUUCUGUAAGAAUGUGCAUCCUCGUAUUAUCGUAUGACUGUUACUGUGUUUAUUACCUGUUGUACAUCAGAGUAGGGCUUCGUAGACACUGUUUGUAGAGCUGAGACGCUGCACUUCAGCCCUGCUGCGUUUUUGUCUUUUUAAUCCCUCGAAUAAAUAUUUCAGAAACUGUUA